AUGGCAUCAAGCCAAAAAAGAGAUCCAGCUUGGGCGUAUGGAGUUGCAGUUGGCAAUAAUAACUCAAGAGUGCAAUGUAUCUUUUGUCAAAAAAUUUAUAACGGUGGAAUACAUCGUCACAAGAGACAUCUAAUCGGUGGUUUUAGAGAUGUCAAAGAAUGUCCAAGUGUUCCGGUUACUGUUAAGAAAGAAAUGAGAGAUUAUGUUGAGAAAAAAAAUGAGUUAAAAAAUCCAAUGAGCCAUGGAGCAUCUAUGAUGAAUCUUCUUGAUGAAGAUACUCAAAUGGAUGAGGAUGACGAUGAAGUCAAUGAUAUAAUGAGGCCACCUCCCUUUAAAUCUCAAAGAAAGAAUUCAACAAGUGGAAGUGGAUCAUCCACCACCGGUAGCAAUGUGAAAGGUCCUCUUAAUCUUUUUUUCUCACAAAAACCAAAUGAAAAGAGAAAGGGUGAAGCUGACUUAGAAUCUUGUAGGGAGAGUUUGAGGGAGCGUGCUGUAGAUGCUUUUGCAAGGUGGAUGUAUGAUGCGGGGCUUCCUUUUAAUUGUGUGAAUUACACUGAUAGUUUUGGGGAAUUCAUUGAGGCCGUUGGCCAAUAUGGCCCGGGAAUGAAGCCCCCUACCUAUCACGAAGUAAGAGUUCCUUGUCUAAAAAAGGAGGUGGAGAAGACAGACAAGAUUGUCGAGGAGCAUAAGGCGCAAUGGAAAGUUUAUGGUUGUUCCAUUAUGAUGGACAAAUGGACCGCAAAAAAUGGAAAAAUGGUCAUUAAUGUUUUGGUGAAUUCUCCGAGAGGUAGUGUGUUUCUUGAAUCUUAUGAUGCUAGUGACUCCUCAACCGAUUCCAAUAAAAUGUUCAACUUGUUUGAGAAGACAAUAUUGAAAGUCGGACCGGAAAAUGUGGUUCAAGUUGUUACUGAUAACGCUAGUGAGAAUAAAAAAGCGGGUGAUAUGUUGAAAGGAGUUCUCCCAAGUAUUUAUUGGACUCCUUGUGCUGCACAUUGUAUCAACUUGAUUUUUGGUGACAUUUUCAAGCUAGCCCUAUAUUCUACAGUUUUUGCUAAGGCGGUCAAGAUAUAUUCUUACAUUAGUCAAAGGCCGUUGUUGUUGAACAUGAUGAGGAGAUACACAAAAGAAAGAAAUUUGGUAAAACCGGCUAAGACAAGAUUCGCAACAGCUAUCAUGACUUUGCAUAGCUUUUACCUGCAAAAGAAAAAUUUGCGAACCUUGUUCAUGUCAACCGAAUGGAGUGAGAGUAUCUAUGCAAAGGAAGCUAUUGGGAAAGAAGUUGAGAGAUUUAUUAUUGAUGGGGAGAAAACACCACCAACGGGAUACAUUUAUGAAGCCAUGGAUAGGGCUAAAGAAGCUAUUGAGAAGGCAUUUGAGCAUAAUAGGAGGAAAUAUGAUAGAGUGUUUGAAAUCAUUGAUAAAAGAACAUUGGCUCGUCGUUACAAAGCUCGCAAUAUCAUUGAUCCUAUUUUAUUGGAUAGCAUUGAUGAAGCAAAUGAAUGGUUAACCGGAGGCCCCGAUAAUCAUGAAGAAGAAGAAGUGUUUGAAGGAGAAGGUCUCACUUUUGGUCAUGUUGCUAUGCAAGUGGAGUUGAAGAGAAUGUUUAUGGUUUAA